AUGGACCAUUCUGGGACCUCUAUUGAUGCGCUGCUAGCAAAGUUGACACGAGAAGAAAAGGUCUCGCUUCUUGCAGCUACAGAUUGGUGGAGAACUCCAGAAAUUAGACGGGAUGGGAUAUUUGUCCCACACAUUAAGGCGACGGAUGGGCCGAACGGUGCGCGAGGCGAGAGCUACGUUAGUGGUAUCAAAGCCGCUUGUUUUCCCUGUGGUACUAGUCUCGGAGCAAGCUUUGAUCGGGCCCUGGUUUUUCGCACCGGCCAGGAAAUUGCGAAAGAGGCCAAGUUGAAGUCUGCGAAUGUGCUGUUGGCGCCAACGCUUAACGUAAUUCGCUCACCAAGAGGAGGACGGAACUACGAAACCUUUUCUGAGGACCCUGUGGUGCUGGGAAACCUUGCCGCUGCUUUUAUCAACGGUUGUCAAUCUGAAGGCAUUGCGGCAACGCCGAAACACUUUGUGGCAAACGAGACCGAAAAUAAUCGAAAAGUCUUGACAGCCGAGGUUGAUGAGCAGACCCUCCGCGAAAUUUACAUGAUGCCUUUCCAAAUUCUCAUGAGAUUUUCGGACCCUUGGUGCCUUAUGACGAGCUACAACCGUGUCAACGGUAUUUAUGUUGCCGACGAUGCCAGACUUGUGAAUGGAAUCCUUCGCAAAGAAUGGGGCUUCAAAGGGCUAGUGGUAUCAGACUGGAUGGGAGUGUAUUCUACUGCGGCAUGCAUCAAUGCUGGAGUAGAUUUGGAGAUGCCCGGUCCAACGAAGCUGCGUGGCGACAAACUCCUGCUCGCUAUGAAACAUGGUCAGGUAUCGGAGACGACAGUAAAUGACUCAGCCCGGCGGGUUCUCGAGCUUGCUUGCAAACUGGGUCGAUUCGAAACUCCCAACGAGUUGCCAGAGCAGUGUGUGGAAGAUGAUGAGCGCAAUCGUUUUAUUUGUGAAGCUGGAGCUCGGGGAAUGGUGCUUUUGAAAAACGAUGGCGUGUUGCCUAUGCGCAAAGGGGCUUCCGUGGCUUUGAUCGGCCAUCACGCCCAGUACCCAUCCCUUGGAGGGGGAGGCAGCGCUCGAGUGGACUCGAUUCGGGCAGUUAGCCCCGCGGAAGGACUUCGAGAUGAAGGAUUCGAGGUCACAUUUUGUGCCGGAGUACCUGUGUAUGGAGCUCUACCUCAUGCCGACCCCUCUCUUUUCUACCAUUCGGGUACGAAAACACAAGCGAAGGAACCUGUCGUCUUGGAAUGGUUUAACGGGCCCAGUAUUGGUCACAACCUGGUUCACCAGGAAACGCGAGCGCUGCCAGAGUACAUGAUCAAGGAAAAAUGGCCGGUAUUCCUCGACCAAGUAUACUGCAGCCGCAUGACAUUUGACAUCUGCCCCACCUCCACCGGUGAUCAUGUUUUCUCUGUGAUAUCGACCGGUCCGGCUAUUUGUUAUGUGAACGGCCAAAAGGUGUUUGAGAGGCCUCAGGAGACCGAUCUCAACCCGGAGUCGUUUUACUUCUUCAAAUCAAAACUUGAGCGCCGUUUCAGCCACCGAAUGGAGGCCAGUCGUUGUUACACCGUCGUCCUGGAGUCUUGGUUUACAGACCAAGAGCUGCUCCGCGCCGAACCUUUGAACGGUCGAAUGUUUCAGGGUGCUGCCUUGCGCUUCCAAGAGUUUGUGGAUGUGCAUCAGCGCAUCCAGGAUGCCUGUAUCGCAGCACGAGAAUCAGAUUAUGCGGUUGUGUGCGUUGGGACGACAAACGAAAUUGAGUCAGAGGGAUUUGAUCGCGAGACGAUGGAUCUCACCGAUCUACAGUAUCAGCAAAUUGAAGCUAUAUCACGAGCAAACCCGAGGACCAUCGUUGUCAACUUCUCUGGAGGGCCUGUUACGAUGACAGACUUUAUCGAUGAAGUGGCUGGUGUGAUCCAGGCAUGGUUUCCUGGUCAGGAAUGCGGACAUUCCCUUGCCAAAGUUGUGAGUGGCGCUAUUAAUCCAAGCGGACGCCUCCCGUUCACUUGGCCGCGCAAAGAUGAGGAUAAUCCAACUUUCCACAAUUUCCCCUGCGAUGCGCAGAAUGUCGUCCGGUACGAUGAGAAGCUAGAUGUCGGCUACCGGUAUUAUGACCGCUGUAGUGCUCCUACUCCCCUCUUUCCAUUCGGAUUUGGUCUGUCAUACACCAAUUUCCGGAUCGACAAUAUCACAGCCAAGGCUGAAUCGUUCUCCGGGGUUAACGAUGCGAUCGAGAUUUCUUGCAACGUUCACAACGUUGGUGGGUGCAAUGGCGCUGUUGUAAUACAAUUUUAUGUCCAGAUGCCCAAAAUAAGCUCUGGUUGGGAGCGGCCUGUCAAGGAAUUAAAGGAAUUCUGGAAAGCGGAGCUAACACCCGGUACAAGCCAGGAGGCAUGUAUAACACUUGACAAAUACAGUAUCAGCUUCUUCAAUGCCACACAAAGUUGCUGGCAGGUGCAACAAGGCAUGUACCAAGUGCACGUGGGGCUUUCCUCACAGGAAGUUCUCGGGACAUUGGAAUUCUCGGUUCCAGAGGGAUUGACCUGGAAUGGGAUAUAG